GCGCCCGCGCCCGCGCCGUCGCCAUGGCCCUGGUGACCCUGCAGCGCUCGCCCACGCCCAGCGCCGCCUCCUCCUCGGCCAGCAACAGCGAGUUGGAGGCUGGCAGUGAUGAAGACCGCAGGCUCAACCUCAGCUUAAGUGAGAGCUUUUUCAUGGUGAAAGGAGCGGCCCUCUUCCUGCAGCAGGGAAACAGCCCUCAAGGCCAGCGGAGUCUGCAGCAUCCCCACAAACACGCAGGUGAUUUGCCUCAGCAUCUUCAAGUGAUGAUCAACCUCCUGCGCUGUGAAGAUAAAAUCAAGCUGGCUGUGCGCUUGGAGAGCGCCUGGGCAGAGCGUGUGCGGUACAUGGUGGUGGUGGACAGCAGCGGGCGCCAGGACACGGAGGAGAGCAUCCUGCUGGGCGUCGACUUCUCCAGCAAGGAGAGUAAGAGCUGCACCAUCGGCAUGGUUCUGCGGCUGUGGAGCGACACCAAGAUCCACCUCGACGGCGACGGUGGCUUCAGCGUCAGCACGGCAGGAAGGAUGCAUGUCUUCAAGCCCGUCUCAGUGCAGGCCAUGUGGUCAGCGCUGCAGGUCCUGCACAAGGCCUGCGAAGUGGCUCGGAGACACAACUACUUCCCCGGAGGCGUGGCGCUCCUCUGGGCCACCUACUACGAGAGCUGCAUCGGCUCCGACCAGAGCUGCAUCAAUGAGUGGAACGCCAUGCAGGACCUGGAGUCCACGCGGCCCGACUCUCCAGCCCUGUUUGUGGACAAGCCAACCGAAGGGGAAAGGACUGAGCACCUCAUCAGAGCCAAACUACGAAGCAUCAUGAUGAGCCAGGACCUCGAGAACGUCACUUCCAAAGAGAUCCGGAAUGAGCUGGAGAAACAGAUGAACUGCAACCUGAAGGAGUUCAAGGAAUUCAUCGACAACGAGAUGCUCCUCAUCCUGGGCCAGAUGGACAAGCCUUCCCUCAUCUUUGACCACCUUUAUCUCGGCUCUGAAUGGAAUGCGUCCAAUCUGGAGGAACUGCAGGGCUCAGGUGUUGAUUACAUUUUAAAUGUCACUAGAGAGAUUGAUAAUUUUUUCCCGGGCCUGUUCGCCUACCAUAACAUCCGCGUGUAUGAUGAAGAAACAACAGACCUUCUUGCCCACUGGAACGAGGCAUACCACUUCAUCAACAAAGCCAAGAGGAACCAUUCCAAGUGCCUGGUCCAUUGCAAGAUGGGGGUGAGCCGCUCGGCCUCCACGGUCAUCGCCUACGCCAUGAAGGAGUUCGGCUGGCCUCUGGAGAAGGCGUACAGCUACGUGAAGCAGAAGCGCAGCAUCACGCGGCCCAACGCCGGCUUCAUGAGGCAGCUGUCGGAGUAUGAGGGCAUCUUGGAUGCCAGCAAGCAACGGCACAACAAGCUGUGGCGCCCACAGCCCGAGCACUGUCCCCAGCUGCCCGGGGACGGCCCCGCGGGGCCUGGACACGCAGGCCCCGGCACCCUGGACAGCGCCCUGGAACCACCGCGGCUGCUCUGCUUGGACACUGCCCCCCAGCCCGGGCUCCCCGGAGCGGCCAGUCACCCCUGCUGUUUCCGACGGCUCUCGGACCCCCUCCCGCGCUCCCCAGGCGAGGAGCAAGGCAGCGCCGUCCCGCUGGCCCGUCUGGAGAGGGACACGGCAUGGGAGGACGCGGCCGAGGUGCCUCGGCCGGCCAGACAUCCCCAGCAGGGGCCCAGCUCCUCUGACCGGGACGUGAAGAGGAGACUCGAGUUCGGGAGCCCCAAAGCCCAGAGAGGCUCCUUACCCCUGGCGGAGGAGAUGGAGCGGGAGGAGGCCCCGGGAGCCGGGAAGUGGCGCUGGGCCCCCGCUCCACCCGACCCCAGCUUGCUCGACCGGGAGAACCUCAAUAACAACAACAGCAAGAGGAGCUGCCCGGAGGACUUCGAGCACGACGCUAUUUUCGGGAUCCUUCACAAAGUGAAGCCUUCCUACAAGUCCUGCGCAGAAUGCAUGUACCCAGCCGCCAGCAGAGCCCCUGAGGCCUCGGGGGAGCAGGGCCAGAACCCUGGGGCCCCCGCCAUCUGCACGCAGCCCACCUUCCUGCCCCACCUCACAUCGUCACCCAUGGCUCCCGCGGCCAGCAGGUCCCCACCGCUGGGCUCCCCCGAAAUGCCCCCGCUGCUCCCUGCGGACUCAUGGAGACCGGGUGUGGGCGGGGCCGGGGGCACCCUGGAGCUCCCGGUCACUGCUGGCCUUUCGGAACCUUCCAGAGACUCCCAGAAAGUCUUGCCCAAGUGUACCCUUACCAAGAGCCCUCCCGGUCUGGAAGCGGCGAAGGAGGAUGCGUCUCCCAGGAGGGACCCGAAGCCGGCCAAGGACCUGCGGCUGCUGUUCCGGAAGGAGGCGGAGAAGCCGAGCGCCAGCAGCUACCUGAUGCAGCACCAGGAGUCCAUCAUCCAGCUGCAGAAGGCCGGCUUGGUCCGCAAGCACACCAAAGAGCUGGAGAGGCUGCAGGGCGUCCCCGCGGAGCCCGGCGCCCGCAGGGACAGCAGGCUGGGCGCCAGCAUCCCCGAGGAGGACGCGGCGGCGGAGGACCUGGCUCCGCCCGACAUUGACGAGGGCGAGGCGGUGGGGCCUGGCCCGGCCCUCACCGAGGGCACCUCCCUGAAGAGCCCCCCUCUGCAGCUCUGCCGCCUGGACCACAGCAGCCACUUCUCCCGAGACUUCCUGAAGACCGUCUGCUACACGCCCACCUCGUCCUCGCUGAGCUCCAACCUGACGCGGAGCUCCAGCAGCGACAGCCUGCACAGCGUGCGCGGCCGGCCCGGGCUGGUGAAGCAGCGCGCGCAGGAGAUCGAGACGCGCCUGCGGCUGGCCGGCCUCACCGUCUCCUCCCCGCUCAAGCGCUCGCACUCCCUCGCCAAGCUCGGGAGCCUCAACUUCUCCACCGAGGACCUGUCCAGCGAGGCCGACGCGUCCACCCUGGCCGACUCCCAGGAUGCCACGCUCGUCCGCUGCCCCUUCCCCCACGGGCCCCUGGCCACCCCCGCCACGACACCGGCGGGGAAAGUCGACAGGUCCAGAAACUUGCACAGUCCCCCCUCACAGCCUGCUUCUUGCCAGAGAGAAGAGGAGGAGGAGCAGGAGCGAGACUCCGCAGCUCGAGCCGGAGACCACAUAGAGACCACGCGGCCGUGCCACUUCCACACCCGCCAUCCUGCCAGGCUCCUGCACCUGAGGCCCUGGGGAGAGGCCAUGAUGGGGGGCUCGUGCGGGGGCGAGAGCCCCUCCUGA